AUGAAAGCAACCAAAAAUUCCGAAGAAUACAGGAACAGGAAAAUACUAAAAGCAAAGCCUCCAAAAACCAUUACCAAAACUCACUAUCAGGCCCCUACUUCAUCCCAACGAUUUCCUGCAACGACUCGCUCGUUAAACCACAGGGCUCCAUCUCGUUACCAACAGGGAACGAACCGAGAGAGGAGCCGAUACUACAACAAAACAGCCGCACACAGGACUCCCCAUCCCCUCUGGAAGAGCAUUACCCUGGUAGCCGCAACUGUAUCACCAAAGCGUUGAAACUAGGCUGCGCUCCAGAGGAAUCAUUGAACAUAUGCCUAGCAUCAAUAACCGAAUCCACUAUCGCACAGUACAACGUUAGCUUGCGGCUAUGGUGGCAGUUUUGUAGGGACAAAAAUAUUAAUAUGUAUGCAGCGAAAAUACCUUCAGUACUGACUUUUCUUACAUUACAAUUUAAUCGGGGUUGCUCCUUCAGCUCUCUUAACUCAUACACUGCCGCAAUCUCUCAAAUCCUGGGGCCAAACCUAUCAGAUGAUUUCAGGAUUAAAAGAUUUUUCAAAGGCCUUAGCUCUUUAAGACCUCCCUUGUCUAAGUACAAUAAGACAUGGGCGCCAGCAAUCGUCCUCGAUUACAUCAAACGGUUGUCACAAAGUCCGCUUAACUUGGAAAACUUAACCUACAAAACUGCCAUAUUAAUAGCACUGGCCACAGGUCAACGAGUACAGACCUUGGCAAGUAUUAAUAUUAAUGACAUCCAUGUUUUUCCGGAUAAAUUGGAACUUGUAAUAAAAAAGAAACUCAAGACCUCAAAUGUUAACAGAACUCAACAUGUCUUAGUAUUGCCAUUUUACACCAGUGACAUUAAUAUUUGUCCAGCAAAAUCCUUGCUUUUAUACAUAGGAAAAACUAAAGAAAUUAGGAACAGCGCCCUAUUCUUAACCUUUAAAAAACCCCAUAGAGCCGCUACCACACAGUCUAUUAGCAGAUGGUUAAAAGGAGUCCUGAAAAGAAGCGGUGUAGAUACUGCUGUAUUUAGUGCUCAUAGCACCCGACACGCGUCUACGUCUGCUGCCGACCGGAAAGGAGUUAGCUGUGAUACGAUACGGACUGCAGCAGGCUGGACGGAGAAGUCAAAAACGUUUGCUGUUUUUUAUAAAAAGCCGUUAUUAUCCAAAGAACUGGACUUUGCUAAUGCGGUACUAGAUUCAUAAAAGUGGUAAUCAACCAUUCAUGUUAUUACUAUUCUCUAAUAAACGUAAGUUCCCCUAUACACUGCGUACUACCUUUCUUGUUGCAACUUGCUUUAAACAACUACAACUAGCUUAUUUACGAGGACGGGGCGAGAUAUAAUUAUAUGAUUAAACGAACUUGAUAGAGAUAUUUUGUUAGGUAAAUUGA